AUGUGUCACUUUGACAUACCUGCAACUGCUGCUGUCCUCUUGGUGAACAGUAAGAGGGGACUGGCAGACAACCGGUCUUCAACAGUGCGCAGGGAUUGGGCUGGGACCGGAUCGGAGGAGCGAGAUGUGAGGAACUCACGAUUUAAUAGGAGCUACACAGAGAUAGGGAAUUUGGAGGUCGAAAGAGGGACGAAGGAGGAUCGAGGGACAGAGGAGGUGUUUAUAUACAUCGACACAAUUUUGGUCCGAUCUGAUAAAUUUCGGGAAAUCCAAAUCUUCCAUCGCUGCACACGCCCUGCGCGUGUCGACAGACGCCCAGGGCAAACAGAAGGACAGAAGAGAUUUGUUGAGGAGGUGGAGCGCAUUGAGAUGCGGAAAUACCUUUUAGUCCAUAGGCAGGCUCUCCACGCGAAACGUUGCGUCUGGAAAAUCAACCAGACCCACUUCAAUUUACAACCUGGCCUGCGGAAGAUAUUCUUUUUCCCUGGUAAUUCUUUAGCUGUGGCCACGGCUCGCGAGCCGGCCAGCGUCCCUCCUGCCAGAUGCUACCCAUAGCUUCAAGCAUGCUGACAGCUGGUUCUCGUGGCCAAUCUAUGACAAUUUACAACCAUCAAUGACAUGGAUGUUAAUGGGCCCCACUGAGAUGUCGGAUACCGUCGAUUAGUUGGGUAUCCACAUCUGCAGGCUUCGCCCUUAAAUACAUGCGUGAGUGGCAACAGUGAUACGCGAGAGACAAAAGGAAAUGAACUACAAAGGUAACUGGACGCUUUGUGGUCCAGUACCAAGUUGCAGGAGCGCCCCGACGCCUCUCCCAAAGCUCAAUUUGUCCGGUCCGAGCUCCUCCAAUCCGGCGGUGACGUACCGGGUGGAUUACCGCCCCUGACCGCCUGUGGCGUUGGACUGCUAACUUCAACAAUGGACACACCAAGUUGCGUUGGCUCAUCCGCGGAAAUAAAGCCAAUCCCUCGCAAAGUCACUACCAAGCACCCACAUUCCAGACGCC